AAUGAACUCUUUUUUUUAUUCCCGAGCAAAAAAAAAACAAUUUCCCGCAUGAAGAUCAAAUUAUUAUUGCUUGCUAGUCACGCUCGUGCUAUUGAGGCUAUCGAUCAUGUAAUGCCCAGGCCUUUGGUGAAGUCCUUCUCCCCUUGCAGUCAUAUAGUUCUCGAUCAAAAGAACAGUCGUCAGCAAAGGACGCGUCCUUCUCUUGGGCCCCACCGCCUUCAAGCGGCCGAUAUCCUUGUUCAGGACGUUCACCGCCAUCUCCAUGGCCUCAGGUUUCCUCUACGUCCCCGACGAUCCGUCUUGAGUAGUUCAUGUGUCUCUGUGGGAGGCUCGAGAUUUGGUGUUAGGAGACAGGCUGGGUAGAGGGUCCCGGCCUCGAUAAAGAUGAUUGGGUGGGGUGAUGAGGAUGGAAGCGGCUGGGGUCAAUUGGACGCGCACGCCUAUACAUGGUCGUUGGGGGUAAUGGUUUCUCCUUGGACACCUUAAGCGCGUCUCUCUUUUCUGGGUUCUAGAUGGGCACGUAGUCAAAACGCU